AUGAUAGUGAAGACGGGGACAACAAUUGUAGGACUCAAAUACAAGACAGGUGUCAUACUUGCAGCAGACACAAGGUCGACACAAGGGCCCGUUGUUUCCGACAGGAACUGUGAGAAGAUCCACCGAAUUUCAGACAAGAUUAUGUGCUGCGGCGCAGGGACUGCAGCAGAUGCAGAAAGAGUAACGAGAAUGGCAUCCAAAGAGCUCCGGCUUUUCCAAAACAAGUACUUCCGCUCUCCACUUGUGUCCCACUUCAAAAAAGUGUGUGUGAGCCACCUGCACAAGUAUGGAGGAGGGAUAGGUGCGGCACUGAUAGUUGGGGGGAUAGAUGACGAGGGAUGCCAUCUAUACGACAUCCACCCUCAUGGAUCGUCUAAUCCCGUGCUGUUUACAUCUCUUGGGUCUGGGUCUCUUGCAGCCAUAGCGAUACUCGAGGGCAGAUACAGGCCAAUGGACAAGAGUGAAGCCAUUGAGCUUGCAUGCGAUGCCGUAGAGGCAGGGAUCCUGAACGAUCUGUAUUCUGGAUCCAACAUUGAUGUUUGUGUGAUUGAUUACUCUGGAGUUGAGUUUCUUAGGAACUAUAAGAAGGUCGGUGUUUCUGGAAAUACAGACACUCUGGUGUAUCCAGUGAACUCGAUUAGGAUCAAGAAGGAGGAGGUGUUUGACAUUGUCGAAGAAUAUUAA